AUGGCAGCAAACGUUAUCUCGACCGGGCUAUCAGGCUCCCUUUUUGGAGCCGCGCUUCUUCUAUCUGGAGUCUAUUCUCCAACAGUAAUAGCAUCACAGCUUGACCUUUCUGAUUUCCACAUGUUGAAAGUCUUCCUCACAGCUAGUGGAAGCAGUGCAGUUCUCAUAGAACUAGCAAGACGAACAAAUAUCGCCCCUUUUAAGCCCCGCGAAGCUUCGAACUUGAACAGAUUGCACCGAUACGAUGGAAACGUCAUCGGAGGUUUGCUCCUAGGGAGUGGCAUGGCUCUUACAGGUGCAUGUCCAGGAACAGUACUUGUACAAGUUGCUUCUGGCAUCGCUUCUGGAUUUCCAGUACUAGCUGGAGGAAUCUUAGGAGGCAUGGUAUGGUCUCGAUUAGGACACUGUGCCAAAUGCACACCAACAACAUCAUCAACAACAAAUAAAGAGUCUUCCGAUGUCAAGAAGGAACAUGCCGUCACCAUCUACGAGUCUUUGAAAUUAAGCCCAACCAGGGCAAUCCUAAUCUACGAAAUCAUAUGCCUUUCUAUCAUCCUCAGCGCAUCCUACCUCUUGCCCGGGGGUCACGGCUCUCAACGUCUCAACCCAAUGCUUGGUGGGCUUCUCAUUGGUGGUGCACAAGCCGCAUCUCUCGUUCUUACCCACGCACCGAUUGGUGUCUCAACCGCAUACGAAAGAAUGGGACAAUAUAUAUGUUGGUUCACAGGACUGUCGCCAAACAGAACCUCCGCAUGGCCGUCUCCGAGCCCGAUCAUCUUCGCCGUUGGGAUGCUUAUGGGGAGUUGGUGUUUAAGUAAUUACCUGGGCAUGAGUCCGGUUACAGAAUCGACCAACAUCUCUAUUGCUCGAGCAAUGGUGGGAGGAGCUGCCCUUAUUGUUGGAGCAAGGACCGCAGGAGGUUGCACUUCUGGGCAUGGCAUUAGCGGCAUGUCGACCUUCUCAAAAGCAAGUUUUAUAACAGUUGGAGCCAUGUUUGCUGGGGGAAUUGGGCUAUCAAGUCUUCUCCGGCUUUUCACAUAA